AGGGAGCCGUGACGAGUCCGGAAGCGCCUGCGCGCGCCCCACCGCUCGACAACUAGUUUUGUUCCGCGUCCUGCGGCCGGGAGUCCUUCUGAGCGAACCCCCCGGCCGGACCCGGUCGGCGCCGGCAGCACCGCAGCGAUGUCCAGCAACAGCUUCGCUUACAACGAGCAGUCCGGAGGAGGGGAGGCGACGGAGCUGGGGCAGGAGGCCACCUCGACCAUUUCCCCCUCCGGCGCCUUCGGCCUCUUUAGCAGCGAUCUGAAGAAGAAUGAAGAUCUCAAGCAAAUGUUGGAGAGCAACAAAGAUUCUGCGAAGUUGGAUGCUAUGAAACGGAUUGUUGGGAUGAUUGCAAAAGGGAAGAAUGCGUCUGAAUUGUUUCCUGCUGUUGUGAAGAAUGUGGCCAGUAAAAAUAUUGAGAUCAAGAAAUUAGUAUAUGUUUACCUGGUCCGAUACGCUGAAGAACAGCAGGAUCUGGCACUCCUGUCCAUAAGCACUUUCCAGCGAGCUCUGAAGGACCCAAAUCAACUAAUCCGUGCAAGUGCUUUGCGAGUUCUGUCGAGUAUUAGAGUGCCGAUUAUUGUGCCUAUUAUGAUGCUCGCUAUUAAGGAAGCUGCUGCUGAUCUGUCACCAUACGUUAGGAAGAAUGCGGCCCAUGCAAUACAGAAACUCUACAGCCUUGAUCCAGAGCAGAAGGAAAUGUUAAUUGAAGUAAUUGAAAAACUUCUGAAGGAUAAAAGCAUACUGGUAGCUGGCAGUGUUGUGAUGGCUUUUGAAGAAGUUUGCCCGGAUAGAAUAGACCUGAUUCACAAGAAUUACCGCAAGCUCUGCAACUUACUGGUCGAUGUAGAGGAGUGGGGGCAGGUCGUCAUUAUCCACAUGCUCACUCGAUAUGCUCGCACGCAGUUCGUCAGUCCUUGGAGAGAGGAUGAUGGUCUGGAAGACAAUGAAAAGAGUUUCUAUGACUCUGAUGAUGAACAGAAGGAAAAGACUGACAAAAGGAAGAAGCCAUAUACUAUGGAUCCAGACCAUAGACUCUUAAUUCGGAACACAAAACCUUUGCUUCAGAGCAGGAAUGCAGCGGUUGUUAUGGCAGUUGCUCAGCUGUAUUGGCACAUAUCACCAAAAUCUGAGGCUGGCAUUAUUUCUAAAUCACUAGUGCGUUUGCUUCGUAGCAAUAGGGAAGUACAGUAUAUUGUUCUACAGAAUAUAGCAACUAUGUCAAUUCAAAGAAAGGGUAUGUUUGAACCUUAUCUGAAGAGUUUCUAUGUUAGGUCAACUGAUCCAACUAUGAUCAAGACCCUGAAGCUUGAAAUUUUGACAAACUUGGCAAAUGAAGCUAACAUAUCAACUCUUCUUCGAGAAUUUCAGACCUAUGUGAAAAGCCAGGAUAAACAGUUUGCUGCAGCCACUAUUCAGACUAUAGGCAGAUGUGCAACCAACAUCUCGGAAGUCACUGACACGUGCCUCAGUGGCCUGGUGUGUCUGCUGUCCAACAGGGAUGAAAUUGUUGUUGCUGAAAGUGUGGUUGUUAUUAAGAAAUUACUGCAGAUGCAACCUGCGCAACAUGGUGAAAUUAUUAAACAUAUGGCCAAACUCUUGGACAGCAUCACUGUUCCUGUGGCUAGAGCAAGUAUUCUUUGGCUAAUUGGAGAGAACUGUGAACGAGUUCCUAAAAUUGCCCCUGAUGUUUUGAGGAAGAUGGCUAAAAGCUUCACUAGUGAAGAUGACCUGGUCAAACUGCAGAUUUUAAAUCUGGGAGCAAAGUUGUAUUUAACCAACUCCAAACAGACAAAAUUGCUUACCCAGUACAUAUUAAAUCUCGGCAAGUAUGAUCAAAACUACGACAUCAGAGACCGUACAAGAUUUAUUAGGCAGCUUAUUGUUCCGAAUGAGAAGAGUGGAGCUCUAAGUAAAUAUGCCAAAAAAAUAUUCCUAGCACAAAAACCCGCACCACUGCUGGAGUCUCCUUUUAAAGAUAGGGAUCAUUUCCAGCUUGGCACUUUAUCGCAUACUCUCAACGCUAAAGCUGCUGGGUACCUGGAGUUAUCUAAUUGGCCAGAGGUGGCGCCCGACCCGUCAGUGCGAAAUGUAGAAGUGAUAGACUUGGCAAAAGAAUGGACUCCAGCAGGAAAAGCAAAGAAUGAGAAUCCUACUAAGAAAUUUUACUCUGAGUCUGAGGAGGAAGAGGACUCUUCUGACAGCAGCAGUGACAGUGGGAGCGAAUCUGGAAGUGAAAGUGGAGAAGAGGACGAGGAAGGGGACAGCAGUGAGGACAGCAGCGAGGACUCCUCCAGCGAGCCCGAGAGUGAGAGUGGACAUCAGUCAGACACGGAAAACAGAAGAGCGGCCAAGAGGAACUCCAAAACCAAAGGAAAAGGUGAUUCUAAAGAUGGGAAGAAGGAAAAUGAAAAAUCUAAAACUUCAGAUUCUUCCAAUGCCGAGUCCAGUUCAGUGGAAGAAAGUUCUUCAGAUUCUGAGUCAGAGUCAGAAUCUGAAAGUGAAUCUGAAUCCAGAAAAGUCACCAAGGAGAAAGAAAAAAAAGCAAAGCAAGAUAGAAAUCGUCUUGCUACGGAUGCUUCCCUUCUAGAUCUGGAUGACUUUAACCCAGUAUCCACUCCAGUUGCACUUCCCACACCAGCUCUUUCUCCAAGCUUGAUAGCUGAUCUUGAAGGUUUAAACUUGUCAACUUCUUCAUCAGUCAUCAGUGCUCAGCACUGUGAAUUAAAGAUGGAAAAGACUUCUACAGUCUGCUGGGUCAGUACUCCUGUCUUUGUGCCAAUGAAAACUCAUGUGCUGCUUCAUCGAAUGAGUGGAAAAGGACUAGCUGCCCAUUAUUCCUUUCCAAGACAGCCUUGUAUUUUUGGUGAUAAGAUGGUCUCUGUACAAAUAACGUUGAAUAAUACUACUGAUAAGAAGAUAGAAAAUAUCCACAUAAGGGAAAAGAAACUUCCUAUAGGCAUGCAAAUGCAUGUUUUUAAUCCAAUAGAAUCUCUUGAGCCUGAGGGAUCCAUUACUGUUUCAAUGGGUAUUGACUUCUGUGACUCCACUCAGACUGCCAGUUUCCAGUUGUGUACCAAGGAUGAUUGCUUCAGUGUUAAUAUUCAGCCCCCCGUUGGAGAACUGCUUUUACCUGUGGCCAUGUCGGAGAAAGACUUUAAGAAAGAGCAAGGAAUGCUGACAGGAAUGAAUGAAACUUCUGCCACCAUCAUCACUGCACCACAGAACUUCCCCCCCUCCGUGAUCCUUCAGAAGGUUAUAAAUGUGGCCAACGCAGGGGUGGUCCCUUCUGGCCAAGAUAAUAUACACAGGAAGGUCCUCAAGUAAGUCGCUCGAGAGGCCUGAUGCUUCCGUUUCUUGACUGAUGACAAGCCCUGUCCGUCUCACACAGGGUGGUCAUAGAAUAAGAAGGCGAAUAUAAAGUCGUCAUACUGGUACCACCAGGCACAUGCAACUUGUCUACAGUUAAUGUUCACUAGGGGAAAUGAACAGAAACCUUUGCAGUGAAAAUAUUUUGGUUCUGAGUUUUCUGUUUUAAUUGUUUUCUGCUUUAAAUACUUUUCACUUUGCUGGGUUAUUUUCUCUAACAGAAGUUUUUGUGUUUUAUUUAUGGGUCCUUUGAAUCAUUGAAGUUACUGAACACCAAAAUAUCAUACAUCAACUGUCAUUUUUGUCUUAUGCAGUAUGAAAUUUUACCUGACAGGUCUAGUGGCCAGCAAUACUUUAUUGUUUUAAUAUGUUCUCUUGUAAUGUACAAAAAGACAGACGUUAACCAUUGUUUAUGUUGGAACUUUAAUUUAGUGUUUCUUUGGUUUUGUAUGAGGGUUUUUAACUUUCCUGAAAGCAAUGGGAGGUUUCCAGAUUUUUGUUUCUUAGAAGCAAAAAGCCACCAUUGGCUUCUCAAAGUCAAAUAAUAUGACAGCUAUCUUCGUAUUGGGAAAUAAACUAAGAAAGCCACUUAGUACAGUUGUGUAAUUCUUAUUAAAGCAUAGUUUGCCUGUAGCUUGUCUCGGUGGUUUGGCCUGUUCAGAUGAUUACAUUAUAGUCAAUUCUCAGUUAUCCAUGCUAAUGCAGGGGAGACAUACAACUGAGAACAUUUAUCUUUGGCGUUGGAAUUCAGAGAUGGCACUGAAACAUACUGUUCAUGGUCCCCAUACACAUCCGCAGUGUCCUGACGCUUGUCUAGUCCAGCCCCAUCAGCGGGGGCGUGGUGUUUGGCUCUGUAACUGGGGGAGGGCCCAGUUACCACAGAGUCAAGAGAGAAUAAAGUGCCUCUGAGUGAUUAAGAAGAGCUGUGCCAUCCUAACUUGCCUCUCAAGUCUCCUCGUACUUACUGAAAUGCUUUUCGUCUGCUUUUAUAAAGUAUGGCUGUGAUAAUGUUCUCAAUUUUGGAAAGCUUGCAGAUAAUAAAUGGAAUUAUUUGUAUUCUUCAUACAGAAAUUGAUAGAAAUUAUCCUGCAUGUGUAACGUUUUUUGCCAUUCUUUUAUUCUCAGUAACAAUUAAAACAAAACAAACAAUUGUUAAUAAAAUCUGUACCAAUGCCUUUUUAAAUUUCAUUUGAAGUGAAAUCGCAAUUACUGGUUACAUCAUAAUAACAGAAAUUAAUAGUGCAUCGCUUUAUUGAAUUAUAUUAAUGUUUUAACUGUAGCGCUCAGUAUUCUAUUACCCUGUGGGAUUAGUGAGUUUAUAUAUCGAAGCUUAUAUAUUGUUUACUUGUUAAUAAAGAAAUUGAAGUCCCUAUGA